AUGGCUCGACAGAACGCAGAUGAUCUUAUUACAUUUCAUUUAUCUCAAGAUUGUAUCGACUAUAUUAAUUCAUUGAAGAACAAAAAUCAACCAAUUUGUUUUAUUACAUCCGGUUCAGUGGGUAUUACGGUGAUUCCAUUAAUUCAAAAUAUCGAUCAAAUCGACUCGAUUCUUGUUUUCUGUAUGAAAAAACGUUACCAUGAAAUUCAUCGAAUUUUAAAUACAUACAAUGAAUUAAUAGUUCAUUUGCAAAUGCGUCCUAAAUCAAUCGAUCAACAUGGAUUAAUAAUUAAUAUCUUUGAUAUUGAAAAAUUAAAAGAAUUACGUGAUUAA